CGUAUUUGAUUUCUGAUGAAGUCUUUUCCCCCCCUUGUCCUACAGGGAGGACAUGGUCUCCAUGCUACCUUGAAUUCUCAAUCCAAAAAGUUUGUCGGAAUUCUUAAUGGGAUUGAUACUGAUACGUGGGAUCCUAGGACUGAUACUUUUCUUACAGUUCAGUAUGGUGCUGAUGAUCUUCAAGGGAAAGCUGAAAAUAAAGAAGCUUUAAGAAAGCAUCUAAAACUGUCCUUUGCUGAAGCUAGACAGCCACUGGUGGGUUGCAUAACGAGACUGGUACCACAGAAGGGUGUUCAUCUUAUUAGGCAUGCAAUAUAUAGGACACUGGAGCUUGGAGGGCAAUUUAUACUUUUGGGUUCAAGCCCUGUGUUACAUAUUCAAAGGGAAUUUGAGAGUAUUGCGAACCAUUUUCAAAAUCAUCCUCAUGCUCGUUUGAUACUGAAAUAUGAUGAGGCUUUAUCACAUGCCAUUUAUGCAGCAUCGGACAUGUUCAUCAUCCCAUCAAUCUUUGAGCCAUGUGGGCUCACACAGAUGAUAGCAAUGAGGUAUGGUUCGGUACCCAUUGUAAGAAAAACAGGAGGUUUAAAUGACAGUGUUUUCGACCUUGAUGACGAUGCAGUUCCACUACAGAUUCGCAAUGGGUUUACAUUUUUGACACCUGAUGAGCAGGGAGUAAAUGGUGCUUUGGAGCAUGCAUUUGACUACUAUAUGAAGAAUGGUGAGAGUUGGAAGCAGCUUGUUCAGAAGAACAUGAAAACAGAUUUCAGUUGGGAUCUGUCAGCCUCACAGUACGAAGAACUUUAUGAAAAGUCUAUCACCAGGGCGAGGGCAAGGACCGCACACACCUGAGCCAUGAUUGAGCAUGUGUACUUGUGCUUAUCAUUCAGUAGAUAGCCAGACUAAGCUGGUGCAAUCUUCCCAAUUCUCACUCACCUUUCUAACUGAUGGGAAGUUGGUUUAGGUGUGAAGCUGCCAGAGCUUUUCUUGCCUUCACAACUGUGAUUCAGAAUUCAGAUGAUUUGUUAGUGAAUAUAAUUACUGCUGGAGAGUGAAUGUUUCUGAAAUCUGUAAUUUUAAUUGUAUAGGUACACUUGGGUUGAUUUUCCCCGUGCCUUCCCAGUUGUACAUGUAUUUCAGUCAGUCAUGUAAUUCUUUUGUUCAUUGAUGAACAGAUCUAUUGCAUAA